AUGAGCUCCGGCCAGCAGCAGCCGCCGCCGCGGAGGGUGGCCAACGUGGGGUCCCUGCUGCUCACCCCGCAGGAGAACGAGUCCCUCUUCGCCUUCCUCGGCAAGAAAUGUGUGACUAUGUCUUCAGCAGUGGUACAAUUAUAUGCAGCAGAUCGGAAUUGUAUGUGGUCAAAGAAGUGCAGUGGUGUUGCUUGUCUGGUUAAAGACAAUCCACAGAGAUCUUAUUUUUUAAGAAUAUUUGAUAUUAAGGAUGGGAAACUAUUGUGGGAGCAAGAACUAUACAAUAACUUUGUAUAUAAUAGUCCUAGAGGAUAUUUUCAUACAUUUGCUGGAGAUACUUGUCAAGUUGCUCUUAAUUUUGCCAAUGAAGAAGAAGCAAAAAAGUUCCGAAAAGCAGUUAUGGACUUGUUGGGCCGACGACAGAGGAAAUCUGAGAAAAGACGAGACGCCCCUAAUGGUCCUAAUCUACCCAUGGCAACAGUUGACAUUAAAAAUCCAGAAAUCACAACCAAUAGAUUUUAUGGUCCACAAGUUAGCAACAUCUCCCAUACCAAAGAAAAGAAAAAAGGAAAAGCUAAAAAGAAGAGAUUAACCAAGGCAGAUAUUGGAACACCAAGCAAUUUCCAGCACAUUGGACAUGUUGGUUGGGAUCCAAAUACUGGCUUUGAUCUGAAUAAUUUGGAUCCAGAAUUGAAAAAUCUUUUUGAUAUGUGUGGAAUCUCAGAGGCACAACUUAAAGACAGAGAAACAUCAAAAGUCAUCUAUGACUUUAUUGAAAAAACGGGAGGUGUUGAAGCUGUUAAAAAUGAACUACGAAGGCAAGCACCACCACCUCCUCCACCAUCGAGGGGAGGGCCUCCUCCGCCUCCCCCUCCUCCACAUAGCUCAGGCCCUCCUCCCCCUCCUGCCAGAGGAAGAGGCGCUCCUCCUCCACCACCUUCCAGAGCUCCCACAGCUGCACCUCCACCGCCACCUCCAUCCCGGCCAGGCGUAGGAGUCCCUCCACCCCCGCCAAAUAGGAUGUAUCCUCCUCCACCUCCAGCCCUGCCCUCCUCAGCACCUUCAGGGCCUCCGCCACCACCUCCACCUCUGUCUGUGCCGGGGUCAGCAGCACCACCCCCACCGCCUCCGCCUCCACCACCACCCGGGCCACCACCUCCGCCUGGCCUCCCUUCCGAUGGUGACCAUCAAAUCCCAACUCCUUCAGGAAACAAAGCAGCUCUUUUAGAUCAAAUCAGAGAGGGUGCUCAGCUAAAAAAGGUGGAACAGAACAGUCGACCGGUGUCUUGCUCUGGGAGGGAUGCACUUUUAGACCAGAUCCGACAGGGUAUUCAACUGAAAUCUGUAUCUGAUGGCCAAGAGUCUACACCAGCGACACCUGCACCCACUUCAGGAAUUGUGGGGGCCUUAAUGGAGGUGAUGCAGAAAAGGAGCAAAGCCAUUCAUUCUUCAGAUGAAGAUGAGGAUGAAGAAGAAGAAGAAGAUUUUGAAGAUGAUGAUGAGUGGGAAGAUUGA